AUGACGACAAGAGGAAAGAAUCACAUUCACAAGCCAAACACGGAGUACAGUCUCGCCAUUACUCAUCUUAAAGCGUUCGCACUGGAACCACGAACAUAUCGGCAAGCUCUUGGUGAUGAUAGCUGGCGCAGUGCAAUGUCUAAAGAAUAUAACGGUCAGCUGAAGAAACGUACGUGGGAUCUAAUUCAACGGCCACCCACACAAAAUGUUGUUGGCUGCAGGUGGGUCUUCAAAACUAAAAUUCUUCCAUCCGGAGAUCUUGAUAAAUAUAAAGCUCGCUUAGUAGCGCAAGGUUAUCAUCAAGAGUAUGGUCUCGAUUACAAAGAAACAUUUAGCCCUGCUGUGAAAGUCGUCACGAUUCUCCAUGCUGAGAGUCAUCACUGGCCAAUUCGUCAACCUGAUGUCAAUCAAGCCUUUUUACAAGGUAAUCUGAAAGAAUAA